AUGACUACAAUUUUGACUGAGGACGCCUUGGAUCGCCUGCAUCUUAGUUUGCUCUCCUCGCCCAAGGAUCACGACAACCCCAAUACCGGAGUGUACUCGUAUCGCGAAGGGGCCCUGGGCCAGGGUACAUGGAUUGUCAUAAUAAAUACAGGCUAUAAUUGGGAGCAGUUCCCAAAAGAGUUCGGUAGACCCAAUGAGACACGACCGCUGGUGGUAUGGAAAGUCCCGGAGCAUGUCAGAAAUCGUGAACUCGACGAAGAUGAGGUCGAGGCCGGCCUGCACUGGCCGCCGGACGACGAACUUGACUACGGCGAGCCAUUUGAGGGCGUUCCCGAGGGUCACGGCACUCAGACUGCCAUUCUUGCUGGCGGAAUGAGGACCGGAGUCGCACGCCACGCGGGAUUGUACCUCAUCAAGGCGGGCGGAGCGGUUCUGAACGAGGAAGACGAAGUGGUCGAAGAAGACAUCUGUGCACUGUCACUUAUCGUCGCUUUAAAACACGUUGUGGAUAAGCUGAAGGACCAAAGCUUGCCUCCCGGAAAGACCGUGGUUGUUAUAGAUACUCUCUGGGACAUCCAGGACAUGAGAACGGACGGCCUUGGAGCGGAGCAAAACUUCCAAGAAUGGUGUGGUCAAGUCGACCGAUCUCUCGAGGAUAUCGACAGGAUUGGAGGAGUCCUGGUCUCGGUGGCGGCUGGAAACGAAGGGAAGCGAGAUCCGCCGGGAGAGACUGGGGAUUUCAUGCCAAACAUAUUAUCCCAGCGCGAUGCCUCACCUCUGGUUAUCGUGGGCGCAGUAACGAGGACAGCUUGCAAGGCUUACCUCGCCGGCAUCGAACAGCGUUCCGAUCACAUGUUACGCAAUCCUCUGCACUUCAGGGGCAAAGACUUACUGCUGCCGGAUAUGUCGGUCGAGCACAAUACAUUGCAAAGCGGGACAACCUUCUCGGCAGCCAUAGUGGCCGGCCAAGCCGCAUGCAUGCUUUCCGACCCAACCUUGAAGGAGAAAGUCCAAUGGAGUCACGACGAUCCCAAGGGGGACACGGUGGCCAAUCGUAUAAAGCGGCAUCUUGCUGAAGAUGGCAAGGGGAGUUUUCAGAGGGUGCGAAGGGAACAAAUGCUCGAUCCGACGAGCGCCUGGGAGCAAGUCAACAUUGACCCCUGGUGA